AUGUCUAGAGUUCCGAGGCAUUUUGGACUAAGUUAUGAUGAAGAACUGAAGAUGCUGAAGGAACUUGAGAAGGUUCGCAAGCAAACGAGGAAAGAUUUCCUUCAGUUCAAGCUGGGGCAGGAAUCGAAAUCGAAGCGAAGUCCGCUAGCCUUUUCAGCUCGUCCAAGGGAUUUUACUAACUACUCUUCCCAGAGGUCAGAAAGUUCCUACGAGGCCAUCAGCCCGGACAAGAUCGUUCCACCUGAGCCGUGCUCUUCUGCACUUCAAGACACAGAGAAACAAAGCCAGGAUCCCAGAAAGAAGAUUCAAGGCAGCAAAAUCCCCUUAAAAGGAAGCAGAAAGACGCCACCGCUUGCUAAUAGACCUGGAACUCAGUCGUUUUGUCCCAAAGAAUUUUAUUUGAAAAAUAGCGCUUAUAUUUAUCAACGUGGAAAGGAAAAACCAGUGAUUGCCUCCUUAGCAGGCACUUCUAAACAAGCAGUUUUAUUUAAGCAGCCAGCCCCUCCUCACAAGGCCAGAUACCGCCGGGUUAUUCUCCGGCGAAGGCUGCCAACUCCUCAGUUCCCUCUUCCUUUGGAAAAAAGCGAGCGGAAAGGGGAACCCUCUUCUCUCCCAGAAUCCUAUCGUGCUGAAGAAAUCAUAAGUAAGGAAACUCUAACAAGUGAAUACGAGGCCGAAAAGAUCUCUCUGAGAAAAAGGAGAUGGGUGGGACCCCGCCGAGAAGGCCUUUCUUAUAGUUUUCAGGCUGAGAAGAAAAGGAAAAAAAGUCUCUCCACUACCCCCGUCGUGGACGUGAAGAUGCCGGAGGAGCCCGAAGAAGAAGUUCCGACUGUAGUAAAGGAGGAAUCCCAGCCCGAGGAAUCAGGAAAAAAAACCUCAGUGGGUUUGGCCGUUAGAGACGUGCCAAGGUCUAUUGAGGAAAUAAUUGUUUCCAUUCAGUCUGAACGUCAGUCAGCGGUGGACAGGAAGAUCAAAGAUCUCAUAGAGAGUAUCCUUGGCCAGAACUACGACAUUAAAAUGGAAGAUGUAAAUUUAAUCACACAAUUAAACUAUCAAGAAGAGGUUGAAGAAAAGCCAGAAGAUAAGGAAAGUACUGAAGAACUUCCAGUGUCAGAGGAAAUUGAAAGAACAACUGAAGAUGAGCUAAGUCCUCUACUACCUGAGUAUGAACCUGAGGUGGAAGAGCCACAAACUGAACGAGAAAAUGUAGAACUUCUUCAGACUGUUUUAGAUACCAAGAUUUUGAGUGAACUACCUACAUUGUUGGAUACUACACAGAACAAAUUGCCAAAACGGACACCUGGUCCUUUUCAGGUUUCGAAUUUAGAAUUCUUGCAAAUAACAGGAAAGACAGCUACAACAUCCCCAAGAGCCAAACCAAAAUGUCAAAUAAGAAGAUUCCAUGCUGAGGCCCCACAGACUCCCAAAACAACUUCAAAGAUUCCACAUCAGCAGUCUACUCACACCCUUCAUAAGCUAUGUACCGCUGCCCCAGAAUUUGUGUUGCCUACUGAUUUACGACUAGCUUCUAGAAUAUAUCACACUAUAGACAAAAGGGGCCAUGAUGCUUUUCUUAGAAGUGAUAAAAGAGACUCUGUGGAUUAUUAUAUUAGGAAUGAAAAAGAAAAAAACAGAAUACUUUAUGGAGUUCCUACUUCAAAAGUUAAAGACAAAAAUGAAAUUAUUUCUCCAGAAACAUCAACAACUUUAGUUAAGGGGGAAAAAACAGAUGAAAAAACAUCUCUUCAACUCUCAGGAGAAGAAGUGUCCAUUUACCCAGGAUCUGUGAAAAUGUUUUGGACUCCAGCUCCCCCCAAAUUCUCUGCUCCAGUAUCUCUCAUAAGGCAAACCUUAUAUCCACAAUAUGAGAGUAGCUGUACAUUUAAAUAUGUGGUGGAAAAGCCAUUUCCUGAGAGUCAAGAGAGUUUUCUAUCAAAGCAAAAAGAGAAAAAGAUUGAAGUGCCAAAGUUAAGAGUCAGAAGAAGCAAAUCUCUGUCAGAUUUACAGAAGACUACUGACACAAGUGAUCAGCCUCUUUCAGAAUUUGUUGCCAUUGAAACUAUUAACUUUGAACCACCAUGGAUAGAGUUUGAAGACCAGGAAAGUAUCAAGAAAUCAUCCUCUGUAUUUGAUUUUACUAUGCAACGUGAUUCAAUAUCAUCAAUGAUACCUGAUGAUAUACGAAGUAACCUGAAUGAACUAAUGAUUCAGAAAGAACGCGUUUUAAAGAUUAAGGCCUAUGAAAAUGAAGAAGGCAUCGAUGCUGAUGAAAAUUUGGAUGUGGCUGCAGCUUCUAGUUUACAAGAAGUGUCAGUCCAGCACAGUGAACAAAAGGAAACUAGGCUUCCAGAAGCAGCACGAAAAUCAAAAGUUAAUUACAUUCUUUUUCCUAAGAGAAAAAGGAGGAAAUUUAGGAAAAAGCUGAAUACUGAAAAAAUGAAUGCAGUGCUUAAAGAAUUAUCAAAGCCUCCAAAGACUCUUGAAAGAUCAGAAUCUCUUGUCAUUCUUCGGGAACAGAAGAAAUUUUUUCUCCGUGUACCAAUUUAUGUCCGCCGAAGUCGCUGCCCCAGUCUACCUGCUGCAUUAAAUUUUGAUGAAUUUACCCGAAAGUAUGGUGGAAUUCCAAAAAAUACCAAGCCUUUAAAUUGGGUUUUGGACUUCUGGAUAAAAGAGUUACAAGACACUCUUCCAACUCGAGAACCAGAACAUGUUGAGGAAGAAAAAACGGACACUUCCGUUGAGCCAGUCAAACCUACAGAAGUAAAAAAACUACUAAAAAUAGAAUUAGAUGAUUUCCCAAAUCCAGAUCUCCCUGAGGAUGUCAGGAUGCAUUUGGAGACUGAAAUAGCAAAGCUGACUAAAGAAAUAAAUGAGAAAAAGAAAAUGGCUGCCUUCCUGUAUUGCAGACGUGGAGCUAUAUAUAGGAAGCUAGGCAAACUAAAGGCAGCCAUGAGUGAUCUACAAGAGGUAAAUUUUAUACAAACCUCUGUUACUUAUGCCUAUUGGCACCGACAUUUCAUAUAUCUUUUCCAAGACAAAAUUGUGAUGCUUUAGAUGACCUUAAAUUAUAUAACUAAAUAUAAUAAAAAUAAUGCAGAUGUUUAUUUAUCAAAGGCUGAAAUUUUGAGGAAAAGAGGUAAUUUUACAUUGGCACUGCUAAAUUAUACCCAAGCAAUUAAGUGCAGGCCUACAGAUGAUGACAUCUAUUUUAAAAGAGCCGAGAUACUUGAUAUAGGUAACAAAUUACUGGCGAUGGAUGAUUAUUCUAAAGUGAUGUAUUAUUUUAACCCGGAAAGAACAGAUGCAUUAUUAAAACGUGGCCUAUAUAAUUUUGAAAGUUCCAAUUGGGUUGCAGCUAUUCAAGAUUUUUCCUCUUUGUUGAAAUUUGACUACAAAAAUGUUCAAGCAAGGACAUAUCGUGGCAGAGCUUUUUUAAAAAAAGACCACUUUAGAGAAGCAACUGAAGACCUUUCUGCUGCAAUUCAUUUAGAUCCCAGUAAUUGGAUAGCAUUCUAUUAUAGAGCCUGCAUAUUGCGAAAGAGUAAUCCAAAUAGAGCUCUUCAGGAUUUCAGUGUGUCAGUGCUCAUCAAUGAUACCAUUGAGAAUCUUCCUGCUUUUCUACACCGUGGCAUCUUGUAUGCAGAAAUGGGUUGCUGGGGGCUGGCAGUUGCUGACUUUGAAAGUGUACUUCAGCUAGACAGAAACAUAUCUUUUGCUUAUAUAAAUAUUGGCCUCAUAUACCUGUUGCAUAUGGACAAGUACUUUGAAGCAAUUCAUCAGUUUACAGAGGCUAUUCAAGUUGAUCCUUUGUACAUUCAAAGCUAUCUUUGUCGAGCACAGACUUAUCAUAAGAUACAUAAAUUACCAGAAGCACUGAAGGAUAUGUCUCGGGCCAUCCACCUCCAGCCAGAUGGAAUCCAGUUGUAUAUAAUGAGAGGACGCUAUCUACUUGAGAUGAAGCGGUAUGAUCUUGCAAAGUCUGCUAUUUUCCAAGUAGCACAAAUGAACAAAGGUUCCUUUGAGUUGUCUCCUAUUCAGCAAUCAUUGGUUUAUUCAUUUUGUAAUCAGCACAAAGAAGCUAUCAAAAUCUUAUUUUCAGUCACAUUGUGUAGGCCAGAGCCUGCCAUGUAUCUGCUAUUAGGAAAAGCCCAAAUGAAGGCCAAAAAAAUACAGAAUGCCAUGGUAACUUUUAAAAGGGCUUUGGACUCAAUAACUUCUACAGACAAGACACCAAAGGCAUCGUUUCUGCCAGCAGAAUGUCAUUAUUACUUAGGUCUUUGUUACAUGGAAGAACAGUUUUUCCAAUUGGCCUUUGACUCUUUCAGCAAAGCAGUGAAAGCAUAUCCUGAAUAUUCUGAGGCCUUUUAUCAACGAGGCCUUUGUAAAGUGAAGCUCCAGAAGGAUAAAUGUGUGCAGGAUUUCAAUCGAGCAAUUACCAUCAAUCCAAAACAUUAUCAGGCAUAUAUAAGUCGUGCAGCUUUCUAUGGAAUGAAAGGGAGAUACUCCAAGGCAAUUUUGAACUGUAAUGAAGCAAUCAGAAUUUUUCCGAAUAGUGUAAGAGCCUUUCUCUACAGAGGAGUUUUGAAAUUCUACAACAAGACUUACAAGCUUGCAAUUACAGACUUAAAUAUAUCUAUCUCCAUGAACAAAGCCUGUUUUCUAGCAUUUUAUAACAGAGCAAUAUGCUACAGCAAAAUAAAGGAAUACCAUAUGGCUUUAAGGGAUUAUGGAAUUGUUCUUCUUCUCGACGUGACAGAUGACAUAAAGGCAAAAACUUUAAUUAACCGUGGCUUGAUCUACACAGAACUAAAAAUGGUUGCCAAUGCAUUAGAGGAUUUUAGGGAAGCAAUGCAGAUAAAUAAAGAUGAUGCCAGUCUGUUUCAAGCUGCUGGAAUUUGCCAUCACAGAAUGGGAGAAUUUGAAGAAGCUGUAUAUUCAUUCACUCGUGUCAUUGAACUCAAUCCUUUUUUCGUGGAUGCAUAUGUUGGUCGGGGAAAUUCUUACAUGGAAUAUGGUAAUGAAGCAGCAGAUAAACAAGCACAAAAGGACUUUAUAAAAGCCUUACACUUCAAUCCAGCAUAUCCAAAAGCCAGAAUUAGCUUUGGAUAUAAUUUACAGGCUCAAGGAAAAUUCCAAAAAGCUUGGAAUCACUUUAGCAUUUGUGUGGAUAUUGAUCGAGGAAACUACCAGGCAUAUGAAGGAAGAGGGAUAGUCUGUCUUCAGAUGGGAGAUAAUUUUGCUGCUAUUCAAGAUAUAAAUUCUGCUAUAAAGAUUGCUACUUCUGCAGAAUUUUUAACAAAUCGUGGUGUUAUUCAUGAAUUUAUGGGUGAGCGGCAUAUUGCUAUGAAAGACUAUCAGGCUGCACUUUCUAUAAACCCUGAGUAUUCUCUGGCUUACUUUAAUGCAGGAAAUAUCUAUUUACACCACAGGCAAUUUUCCCAGGCCAAUGACUUCUACUCCAAGGCAUUACAAUUUGAUCCACUAAAUGACUCUGCAGUAUUGAAUCGAGCUAUCACAAAUAUAAUAUUACAGAAAUUUGAAGAAGCAAAAGAAGAUUUUAUAAAAGCAGUUAAACUCUGUCCUUUUUGGGCUGCAGUCUAUUAUAACAAGGCACACUUACACUACAGUUUACAAGAAUAUGAGACAGCAGAAGAGGAUAUUACUAAAGCCUUGUCAUUACAACCUAAUGAUCAUCUGGCAUAUAAACUUCGAGCAGAUGUUCGUGGAAAAAUGGGUUUGAUUGAAGAAGCUCUGCAGGACUAUAACCAAUCACUCGACCUUCAAGAACUUGCUUAA